GACAGUUAGCAAGCUAACAGUGUUGUGCCCAAAAAAGUACCCACGUCACCAAAGCGUCUUCUUCGUGUAAAACGCUAGUCUAGAAAUCUAGACCAACAGUAUCAGCAGGCAGCAACACGAUUUGAGACUAUUAAAACGGUGUGACAAAAAUAUCCGUUACUAAAGUUGUUUUAUUUAUGUUUUUCGUGGAAGUACAAGGUGCGAGGAACGGCCUUUUGUUGCCUGCACUACACAUGGGAGCUUUUUUUUUUCGACACAACACCCAAGAGCAUGUUCCCCGGAAGCUGAUGUUCUUCUUCGUGGGAGGAGGCUGUUGCUAAGUGCCACGUUGAUGGAGACCAGUGGGGACGUGGAAGUCUGUCCGCAACUGGGACCCGGUAGCCCGUUCAUUCGUCUGUGCACCCGUAAAUCUUUCAGCUAAACCAAAAACGGGAACUUACUCGGGCGGAGAGUAUAUUCGGCUCCUGGUUAAUGUUUGCGUUUAUGUGAAAAACACCAAAAGAAAAUAAGGAUGAAACUUAAAGAGAUCAGUCGCACAGCCAUCCAGAGCUGGAGCCCUGCUCAGCACCACCCUAUCUACCUGGCGACAGGAACAUCAGCCCAACAGCUGGAUGCCUCCUUCAGCACCAAUGCCUCCCUGGAGUUUUUUGAGUUGGACUUGUCCGAGCCGUCUCUGGACAUGAAGUCCUGUGGAUCCUUUUCAUCUCCUCACAGAUACCACAAACUGGUAUGGGGUCCGUUUGGCAUGGACGACCAGGGUCACCCAUCUGGUGUCCUGAUUGCAGGAGGCGAGAACGGCAACGUCAUCCUCUAUGAUCCUGCAAAGAUCAUGUCUGGUCAGAGUGAUGUCAUCAUCGCUGAGAGCGAUAGGCACACUGGACCAGUCAGGGCUCUAGAUGUCAACCCGUUUCAGACAAACUUGGUGGCAUCUGGUGGGAAUGAGUCUGAAAUAUAUAUCUGGGAUAUGAAUAGCUUUGGAUCUCCGAUGACACCGGGACCUAAAACACAGCCCCAGGAGGACAUCAGCUGCAUGUCGUGGAACAGACAGGUCCAACACAUCUUAGCCUCCGCCAGCCCGAGCGGCCGAGCUUCGGUGUGGGACCUGCGCAAGAACGACCUCAUCAUCAAAGUCAGCGACCACAGCAACCGAAUGCAUUGCUCCGGGCUGGCCUGGAACCCAGAAGUGGCCACUCAGCUGGUUUUGUCCUCAGAGGACGACCGGAUGCCUGUCAUCCAGAUGUGGGACCUGCGUUUUGCUACGUCUCCACUGAAGAUUUUAGAGCAUCACACGCGAGGUAUCCUGGCCAUCGCCUGGAGCCUGGCUGAUCCUGAGCUGCUCCUGAGUUGUGGGAAGGACAGCAGGAUUCUGUGCUGGAAUCCAAACACAGCCGAGGUGCUGUAUGAGCUGCCCACCAGCAGUCAGUGGUGCUUCGACAUCCAGUGGUGCCCCAGAAACCCCGCCGUGUUGUCGGCCGCGGGCUUCGACGGACACAUCGACAUCUACUCCAUUAUGGGAGGAAGCAGCCAGGCGCAGAACCAGAGACAGGCCGACCAGAUCAGUAACUCGUUUGGGAACAUGGAUCCUUUUGGGACGGGACAAACCUUACCCCCGCUGCAGCUACCUCAGACUGCUGCCCCCCCAGCGACAGUCAACCCCCUGAAGAAGCCCCCCAAGUGGAUUCGAAGACCUGUCGGAGCUUCAUUUGCUUUUGGUGGGAAGCUGGUGUCCCUGGAGAACCCGAAGCCCCAGCAGCCCACGUCACAUCUUGUCCACAUCAGUCAGGUUGUUACAGAAACAGAGUUUCUGAAGCGCUCCGAUCAGCUGCAGGCCACUCUCGGCUCGGGCAGAUUUGUGGACUUCUGCCAGGAGAAGAUCGAUACAGCCGAGAGCGAGUUUGACAAAACAGUUUGGGCCUUCCUGAAGGCUAAUUUUGAGAGUGAUGUCCGCAGCAAAUACCUGGAACUUCUGGGUUACAGCAAAGAGGAACUAGCCUUAAAGAUUUCAGAGGCUUUAGAGAAAACGUCUGAAGAUCCUCCCAAGUUGGACGUGCCUCCUCCCACCUCCUUGCAGCCUUUGCCAGAACUCAGCCUGGUGCCUCCUGCUGACACUCCAGAGACGGCAUUUGACCUAAUCGCUGCUGCAAACCUCCAGCCGGCAGCCAUGAUGGACUUAAAUUGCACUCCUGACCCAGAGACGGAGGAGUCGGCUGAACCUGAUGGUGCUGCUAACAGCGAAUUAGAUGAAAACAUAGACCUGUGUCUCACUGAGGAGGACGUCGGUGAGAAACAGGAUGGAGACGAGAUUCCUCUAAACGAGGUGACGACGCCCCCUGUGGAGCUGGAGGAGACUAGUCCGAUCCAGACGCCAGCUGAGAUCCCACCUCCUGUUCCAACUCCUGCAGGAGGAGUCAACCUGAGUAUCAGUCAGGAUGUGGAUGGCCUGAUCACGCAGGCUCUGCUGACUGGGGACUUUGAGGGAGCUGUGGAGCUCUGUUUCCAUGAUAACAGGAUGGCAGACAGCAUCAUCCUGGCCAUUGCCGGAGGAGCCGAACUCUUAGAGAAAACCCAGAAGAAGUAUUUCACGAGAACACACAGCAAGAUAACCAAGCUGAUCAGCGCCGUGGUCAUGAAAGACUGGCACGACAUCUUGAAGACAUGUGACCUGCAGAACUGGAAGGAGGCUCUGGCUGCUGUCAUGACUUACGCUCAGCCGGAGGAGUUCUCCUCCCUCUGUGAUCUUCUCGGUGACCGGCUGGAGGCAUCAGAGGAUGCUCUGCUAAGAUCUCAGGCGUGUCUGUGUUACAUUUGUGCCGGUAACGUGGAGAAGCUCGUGUCCUGCUGGAGCGGCACGCAGGAUGGACACUGUCCUCUUUCUCUACAGGACCUGGUGGAGAAGGUGGUGGUCUUGCGUCACGCAGUGGAACUGACCCAGCGCUCUGGUCCUGCUGCUAUCUUCAUCCUGCUGGUUGAGAAGAUGAGUCAUUAUGCUAGCCUGCUAGCCUCACAGGGCAGCCUGUCCACCGCCAUCACCUACCUGCCCGACAACACCAACCAGGUUGCUGUGCAGCAGCAGCGCGAGCGUCUGAGUCGGGCUCUGGGGCAGCAGGCAACCGUAGCUGUGACACAAACUCAAAGAGCGUCAUCCCAGCUUCCUGCUCAUCAGGCUCAGCAGCUGUACAACCCACCCCAGUCCGCUGCAGCAGUUCCAGCCCCCGGACCCACACCUGGUUCUGCUCCAGCUCAGUCACAGUAUUACCAGACGGUCAGGGCUGCCUCCACUGUCACCUCCUGGAGUAACCAAACUCCCACAGCCCUCCCAAUUGCCCCUCCUCUUCAAGUAGGCAGUGCCUCAGAUCAGAAGGUGGAGCCCCCAAACUUGAUGUAUGGCGUACCAUCCUCCAGCUCUGUGGCAGCUCCACCGCUACCCUCAGCUCCUGCGUACAUGUACUCUCAUCAGUACCAGCCCUACCCCCAGAUCAACCAGUACCCACCUGGAGCUGGGGGGGUGCCUCUCUAUCAACCUCUUCAGUAUUCCUCCUCUGCUGCUGCUCCUCCUGAAACUCCUCCUGCAGAGCCCUCCUCCCCUCCUCACCCCCCCGGCUUCUUCUCUCGGUACACUCAGCCUGUCCCAUUUCAGCCGAUGCCUCAUCUCUGUUCAGGACAGCCUCCCAUCAGCCUGUCCUCUUCUUCCUCCCUCACUCCUUUCUUUCCCACCUCAUCUUCCUUCUCCGCUCCUCCGGCCUCCGGAGCACCUUUCCAGCACGGCGGGCCUGGAUCUCCCGUGUCGUACAUGCCUCCUCCACCAGGCGGAGUCUCAGGACCUCAGAACGGCUGGAAUGACCCUCCGGCUUUUUCUCGAGCUCCGAAGAAGAAGAAUGUUCCAGAAAACUACACCCCACCUGCCCCCAUCACCUCUCCCAUCACGAACCCGCUGGGCGCUGAUCCACAGGCCCAGUCGAUGCCCUCUGGGGCUCCUCAGGCUGUGAUGCAGGGUUCUCAAAGUGCCCAGGUUCCCUACCCCACCAUACAGCAGCAACAGCUCUCCCAUCCAGUCAUGAACCCUACGAGGCCCAUCACCAGCAUGGAAGGGGCACCAGGAGCACCUACAGGAGACACCAUUCAGCCUCUGCAGUCCAUCCCCACUGAGAAGAUCAUGAAGAAGCCCAUCCCUGAUGAGCACCUGGUUCUGAAAACCACAUUUGAGGGCCUGAUCCAGAAGUGCUUGGCUGUUGCCACCGACCCUCAAACCAAGAGGAAGUUGGACGAUGCCAACAAACGUUUGGAAGCUCUGUAUGAUAAACUCAGGGAGCAGACGCUCUCCCCCGCCAUCGUGGGGGGACUCCACAACAUUGUGAGGACCAUAGAGUCGCGAUCCUACAUCGAUGGCCUCAACAUCCACACCCACAUCAUCAGCAGCAGCAACUUCAGCGAGACGUCAGCCUUCAUGCCCGUGCUUAAGGUGGUGCUGACACAAGCCAACAAACUCGGGGUGUGACAGGUCGGGGGAGUCCCGACUGACUGGUGCGAGGUGGACCCGAGCGUGUGCUGGCUGAUGUUUUCACAGGGAGCUUCUUUUGACUCACGGCAGCAACUUCUGAGACGUUCAGCAGUAAUAUUCAGUUCUUCUUCGUGCCAUUCAUGUUUUUAUAACACAAGUCAAAUAUAAGCCAUGUCGCACUCGGUGGUGAAAUUAAAUUGUGGCAAAUUAAAGGGCUGUUAAAUACCUCCUCCUGUGUACACACACACACACACACACACACUGCGCUGAAAGUCUCAUUCAGUUCAUAUCUGUAGAUUCAUGUAGAACUUUAAAAAUAUGCAAAAGAAACUUUUAGAAUAAAAAAUUUUGUGAGAAGUGGAGAGAAACCAGAGGGAAUUUAGUGAUGUUUCUGUUCACAUGAUUGUGAUAAAAGUGGUCGUUUCAAAAGGUAAAACUAAUUUCAUUUAAUUAUGUGUUAACAGAUUUGUGAAGCAUGCUUUUAGGCUAACUGCUAAUGCAACAUUAAUGCAUCAGAUUGGCUCAUGAACAAAACUUAAUUUGUUCAUUUAGAUGCAUUUUAUUGCAAAUGAAAUCAUUUUUAACUACACAUUACAACGCUGGCAUUGUUUUGUCAGUUAUUUCAUUUUAAUGCCUGUUUUUGUUUAAAAUUCUCCUGAUUUACUUUCACCACUGGUGUCACUGCGGCCAACUCGUUGGACCAACAAGUUGUCAGUGUUUUUAGCCGUGCAAAUCUCACUCUUAGAGCACGUUCAUGUUUUACUUCUUUGUCUUUUUUUAUUUUGUCUUAUUUUUAUCAGUAUAAUCAUGAUGCUAAAUGGAGUGCAAUGGACUUCACACAAACAAGCUUUGUAUGGUGUUUUGGAGCAUGCAUGUGCAGGUCUUCUUUAAAGAGUUGGAAGUAAUUAUCUGAUGAUUAAUCAGACCUAGGAGAGAAACUGGAGGAAGAAUUUUACUUGAUUUUUCAUUCCAGCUAUAUUGAGGGCUGCAGCCUGAGUGGUCAACCUCACUUUGUGUUAAUAGAUGAAAACAAGUCUUUGUUUUUGACUGACUACAGGCAAUAUUUUCAAUAAAUAGUAUUUAUUUACAAAUUGA